AUGGUCGACAGUGUGACUGCAAUAGUUCUGUCUAUAUGCAUAGCCCUGGCAGCUUUAGCAGCGUUUAUUUGCGUGGCAACUCUGGCCGUAGCUUCGCCUUGGUGGCCUCAAAAGAAACGAAUUAGAUACUCACGUUCCAACGCCAAAGCGACCAUUUCCCCGGUUAAUUUACUUUGCCGUACUAUUGAAACCUUUGCACUCACCUCUCCACAUUCAGCUCCGAGGAAUCGGGAUUUCUCAAGAAGGAGUUCGGUGUUAGCUGAAAGUCAAUCUCUUCCUUUGCGAUUUCAGCCUGAAAGACUCUAUGGUGCUACUAGUCCCCAUUACUCGUCUUUUCGUUCGUCGUUUAGCUCAUUUUCAGGGGCUCCAGUUUGUGAACAGAGUGGGGCAGGAGUUACAACAAUCGGAGGAUAUCUUGCUCCACCCACCCUACGACCGCGAUCUGGUUCAACCUCAAUCAUAAACGAUCUUGCUAAAGGCGGUUAUGAAAGUAUAUCCCCGAUCCCAGCAUUUAUGUCAACAAUUAACGCACAAGCAGAGGCUCAAGUUUAUGCAUCAAACCCGCCUAGGUUUAUACCUACAAAGGUUGACUCGGACACAGCCAUCAGAAGAAAAUCUUUAAUCACGGCUCGACGUACAACUCUUGGAAGUCUCUCACCGAAACCAAUUGUAAAUGAACUUGGAGCAAGUAUGACUGAAUUGGUGUCUAUUCUCGGAACACAAGUGAGCCGAUCAACUCAGAAUUCGCCAUCUAGAAAACGCACAGCAUCUUCGGUCGCAAUAACACCCAUCGCCACUCCUCCUCUGUCCAGACUUUCCCCAGUUAAUUAUUUUACAACAGCAGAAGCUCCCGGUGGGACAAUUAAUUAUCGCAUAUUUAUAGAUGCAACAGGGAAAAGAAGUUUGACUGUUCGUGUUCACCUCUACCGUGCAACUAAUCUACCCGCAGUCAGGCCAUGGAAGAAUUCAAACUAUAUGGUUAAGGCGGAACUAAUUGGUUUUAAAUCCCACUUUGUUCAAACCAGUGGUGUAGUAACUGCUUCUUGUGGGUCGCCUAGAUUCUCAGAGGGAAAUCCAUCUGUUCUGGACUUUGUCAUGGACUGUGGAAUGCCCUUCAAUAAGUCGGAAGAGAAUAUUCUACUGAAGCUCUCAAUAAUUGAAUUUUCUGGUAGAAAACCUGGUGAGAAAUCUCUGCUAGUUGCCUCAAAGGAGUAUCAAUUCAAUCAUCAUACACUAAAAGGAAAGUCAACACUUUCGGCUGAUAUUAAUUGGGAAAGGUGUAAAGCAUGCAUUGAUGUCUAUCAAUUGAAGGCCGAUGUAUUGGCAUCUUUGGCUCAACGCGAAACAGAUGGCUAUCUACGUUUCGAAAUUCAUGAAAUUCGAAAUAUGAGUUUCAGAAAUUUGCCUGACAACAUGGAAGACAUGCAUACUGCUUCAAUGAGAACCAAUUUGACUCCAACAAAACUGCGAUUGAGGGCAUGCCUCGUCUCCAACGGCAAAGCCACUUGUGUACGAAAGGGCUUUAACAUACGUCUUCCGACUGAAUUCGUUGAAAGCAUUUCGAAGGGUGUUGGAUCACUGCCAUUAAUUUUAAAAGACCACGUAUUUAACACCAGCGAAUUGCUUUUGACAUUUCGACCACCUUUCCAGUCCAGUUUUGACAAAUCUGAGCUCUUCAAUAAAGUUGGCGUGCGACUAGUUCAAUGGAAAAUUCUUGCUUACUUUGUUCUUAUUCUGGAGGAUAAUUCAACUCAUGCAGGAGGAGGUAAACGUGUCCGAGCUAUUGGAUGCUGCUGUCUUGGAUCAAACUCUCAGAACACAAUCGAGGGAAGCUCUACCAUAAAGGACGGUACUGACCCUCUUCUAUCAAACGUAGCAUCUGGGAGUUCACGGUCCCAAGUUUCUCAAUGGUUGCAUAUCGGAUAA